AUGAGUAAGAGAGGAGAACAAGUUCCCCGCGAGGAAGCGACCCAAGACCUCGGCGGCGCAGUUAGCUCGGACGCAGAGGACGAUGCUUUCACAGCAAGCAGAACCCCAAGCAGACGGGCUAGCAGCAUCUUCUCGCUCGACAACCCACCGCUUGAGCCGCCCAACGAAAGCGAUAUUAGAAAGUUUACCAGCGACGAGUACCACUUCAACAUGAUCCGCAAUUUACACUUGGCAGAUUUAAUCACCAUGAUGAACGGGUUCAGCGGGUUUUACUCAAUUGUUAGCUGUCUGAGGUUCACGCUCACGGGCAAGCCACACUACGUGCAGAGAGCGCAUUUCUUCAUCCUCUUGGGAAUGUUCUUCGAUUUUUUCGACGGCAAGGUCGCUCGUCUCAGAAACAGAUCCUCGCUCAUGGGCCAAGAACUGGACUCCUUGGCGGAUCUAGUUUCAUUUGGCGUCGCUCCCGCUUCUAUCGCUUUUGCUAUCGGGUUCCAAACCACAUUGGAUGUGCUCGUUUUGUCGUUCUUUAUGCUUUGUGGUCUGACGAGGUUGGCUAGGUUUAACGUCACAGUGGCCCAGCUGCCUAAAGAUGUGAGCGGUAAGUCCAAGUUCUUUGAAGGCCUACCUAUUCCCACAUCUCUGGCGCUCGUAGGCGCCAUGGCCUACCUCGUUAGCAAGGGCCUAAUUCUAGAAAAGCUACCUUUCGGCCUUUUUGCUGCGGGAGAAUGGUACGAACUACAUCCCGCUGUGCUUUUGUUCGGCAUUCAAGGUUGUGGUAUGAUUUCCAAGAGCCUAAAAAUUCCAAAGCCAUGA